AUGUCUGCGGGGAAGAGGUUGUUGAGCCUUUUAAAGAGCAGAGGAUUUCUAUGGACUCAUGUGGGCAGAACUGUCACGACCUGGUCCCAUGUGGGAGCUGCUUUCAACACCAAACCUCACCGGAAACUAGACCUCUUCGAAAAGAAUGUGGGUUUGUUUGGAGUUGCCGAGCUAAACUGUCCUGCAGGGUUUCAGGCGGCCACCAAAGAAGCUCUGCAGAAUACAGAGAGGCUCCUGAAGAAGGCCUGCACCUGUCCGGCAGGAGUGGAGACUGUGGAGUCCUUCGACCAGCUCUCAGAUGGACUGUGCAAAGUGGCUGACCUGGCAGACUUUGUGAAGGUUGCACAUCCAGACCCAGCGUUUCGAGAAGCUGCAGAAAAGACCUGUGUCGAGAUUGGAACUGUUGUGGAGAAGCUCAACACAAAUGUUGACUUAUGUCAGAGUUUGAAGCGGUUACUCGACAAUCCUGAAGUUGUUGCUAAACUAGACCCUGACUCAAGGCGUGUGGCUGAAUUGUUUAUGUUCGACUUUGAGAUCAGUGGAAUUCAUCUGGACGACAAACUGAGGAAGCAGGCGGUGGCUCUCCACGUGAAGCUCCUGGACCUGAACAAUGAGUUCCUGAUGGGGUCGCACCUUCCAAACAGAAUCGCCCGCAGCGCCAUCCCCGAACAUCUCCACAUCCACUUUGCAGCCGAGGGGAGCUUCAUCCAGGUCGGAGGCUUACACGCCGACUCCCCAGAUGACUUGGUGCGGGAGAUUGCGUACCGCAUCUACCUGUAUCCAAACGCAGACCUGCUGGAGAGUCUGGAGGAGCUGCUGAGGUGCAGGCACAAACUGGCCAAGCUGGUGGGCUACGAGUCGUACGGACACCGGGCCCUGAAGGGGACCAUGGCCAAGACCCCCGAGACGGUGAUGAGUUUCCUUCAGCUUUUGACGGACAAACUGGCAGAAAAGACGGCUAAAGACUUCAAAAUGAUGAGCGAUAUGAAGAAAAAACUCAACCCUCGCAAUGCUGAGCUGAUGCCCUGGGACCACCCGUACCUGAGCGGCGUCCUGCGUGCAGAGAGGUACAACAUCGAGCCCAGUCUGUACAGUCCGUUCCUGUCGCUGGGCGCGUGCAUGGAAGGCCUGAACAAUCUCUUCUCUCAGCUGUACGGCGUCUGCCUCAUGUCGGAGCCGCCCAGAGCCGGAGAGGUGUGGAGCGAGGACGUGCGCAAACUGGCCGUAGUGCACGAGAGUGAGGGUUUGCUGGGAUACAUCUACUGUGACUUCUUCCAGCGCCAGGACAAGCCUCACCAGGACUGCCACUUCACCAUCCGCGGGGGGCGCUGGUGUGAGCAGUCGGGACAGUACCAGGUGCCUGUGGUGGUCCUGAUGCUGAGCCUGCCGCCCCCGUCCCGCUCGGCCCCCACCCUCCUCACCCCGGGCAUGAUGGAGAACCUCUUCCACGAGAUGGGCCACGCCAUGCACUCCAUGCUGGGACGCACCCGGUACCAGCACGUGACGGGAACGAGAUGUGCCACAGAUUUCGCAGAAGUCCCAUCUAUCCUGAUGGAGUAUUUUGCCACAGACUACAGAGUCAUCAGCCAGUUCGCCCGUCACUACGAGACCGGACAGCCGCUGCCCGAGACCAUGGUGGCCCGACUGUGCGAGUCCAAGAAGGUGUGCGGAGCUGCGGACACACAACUGCAGAUUUUCUACGCCGUCCUGGACCAGAUCUACCACGGCGUCCCUCAGAACCGCUCCACCACAGACAUCAUCAGAGACAUGCAGCACAAGUUCUACGGCUUACCUUAUGUUCCCAACACGUCCCGGGACCCUCCAGUCACCAGUGUCCGGGGCCGACAGACAGCUGAAGGUGCCAAUCCGUGCCCCUCUCUACGGACACCAGGGGCCAGCCAGCCGUGUCCUGAUUGGGCUCUGGUCUCUGGUUGUGCUCUAAUAAUAGAAAAGGCCUGCUCCUUUAAGAUCCCACUUGUUGCCUGUGGUCUACGAAACAAACGCAACAAAAUGGUUAUUAAAGUGUACGUCGCCACUUCCUCGGGAUCGACAGCGAUCAAGAAGAAGCAGCAGGAUGUGGUGGGCUUUCUGGAGGCUCUUCACGUGGACUACACUCCCCUGGACAUCGCCUGUAACGAGCAGAACCGCAUGUGGAUGAGGCAGAACGUCCCUGAGGAGAAGAAGCCCACCAACGGCAUCCCACUGCCCCCUCAGAUCUUCAACGACGAGGGCUACUGCGGCGAUUAUGAGACAUUCUUUGAUGCUAAAGAAGACAACGCUGUGUAUGCGUUCCUGGGGCUGCCCCCUCCUCCAGGAUCAAAGGAAGCAGAGCACGUGGAGCAGACUCACAUAGUGGACAACGGGAUUCACACAGACGACAGUCAGACAGACGACAGUCAGACAGACGACAGUCACGCAGACGACAGUCACGCAGACGACAGUCACGCAGACGACAGUCACGCAGACGACAGUCAGACAGACGACAGUCAGACAGACGACAGUCACGCAGACGACAGUCACGCAGACGACAGUCAGACAGACGACAGUCACGCAGACGACAGUCACGCAGACGACAGUCACGCAGACGACAGUCAGACAGACGACAGUCACGCAGACGACAGUCACGCAGACGACAGUCACGCAGACGAGAGUCAGACAGACGACAGGCAGCGUUCUGUGCCGGUGGAGGAGCGCAAUGGAAAAGCCCACGAUGAAGAAGAGAUUGGAGAGGCUGAGGCUGAGGAGGAGGAGGAGGAGGAGGCUGCAGAAGGACACGAGGAAGAGGAAGGGGAAGAGGAAGAGGAAGUAGAAGAGCAGGCAGAGGACGACACACAGGCUGCAGCAGACGAGGAGGAGGAACAGGAGGAAGAAGAGGCGGAGGCGCAAGAGGAGGAAGAGGCUGAAUAG